CUACUACUUCACGGUUUCAAGAAGAACAUCAACAUCUCUGAAUGGAAAAUAAGAGCAUGCCUCUUUCUUGUACUGGUUGAGACCCCCGGGACGUCCUCUCCUGCUGGUCGAAUGGAAAAAUCAAUCGGUCGUGUGAAGAUCGAUUCAACAGCACAUAGAAGCUUUGCUAGAGAUGAAAAACGCAAUAUUAUCAGUCGGUAUCUGUACUUAGACUUACAACUUAUUCGUCAUCGUCCAUCGAAUCGCGCUCGCAGACCGUUUAACAUACAUUCGGGAAACGUAUUUAUUUUCGUACAAAUCGUACGUCCUCGAGCAGGUGAGUGUGAAGAUUUGACGCAGACGAGCUGCACGACGAACGAACCUCGUUAUUCGCUCCUAGCUAGUACAGUCAACAUCGUUUGAUGUUCGCAAGAUGAACAGACGAGGAACUACCGACACGAUUGCUCGGUCUAUUUGGAGCGCUUGCCCUUAUUUCGGUGUACUUCAGGGUCGUUUGCACUUUCUCCGGCAGGCUGCCCGCUCUUGUCGGUAUGAUCGUACUCAUCGUGAUCAACAUCACAAAUUCGUUUUCCUCGUGCAAAUUCGAACUUUUCGUCAGUUCGGAGUAGCAUUGCCCACAGCCUCUUGCCUGAAAAACUCAUUUUUUAAACGGAAGCUGUACUGCAGCUCUUUCACGACUCUAAGUAGUGCCAGAAAGAACGUAAAGGCAUCUCCUUUCGUUCCAACGUACAAUUACCAAGCGCUAUCCUCCGUUUGUGUCACAAAAUGA